AUCGGAGAUGGGCAGCCCCAGCCUGCCCUUCUCCAUGACCCCCAGCUUUCUGCUGCUGGCCAGAUGCUGAGCGCACAGACCCUGGGAGAGCCUUUUCAGCACGUGCUUCACCUCGGGAGGAAGACUGCUGCACGGCUUGUCCCCAAGGGCAGAUGCGCACGGGGCCCAAAGAUGGCAUCUUGUUUUCAGCCUCCCUAGUGCGCUCACGGAGAGGCACUGGAAAUGGUAAAUCUCGUCCUGCCCCCCGUUCGCAGGAAGGAAGCAGGUAGCUAUAGGCGUAGCGUGAAGGUCGGGCGAUGGGGGGACGCCUGCUUGGAUCCUCCUCCAGCCGCUGCGGGAGCGUGGCCGGCGGGCGCAGAGCGGAGAAGGGACCCGCCUCGACCCCGGGACGAACGACAUCCCGCGCCGUCCUGGCCGCUGCUGCUUCCGGUGGCAGAGCGGUGCGCUGUCAUCUAGGAAAUGCAAUUUAGAUCAUCAUCCUUUUGCAGGAUGGGGGAAGGGAUGUGGGGGCCCCUGUCUCAUCUUGGGGAUUAAUUUCUCUUUAAGCCGCUUUUUGCUUGUUUGCAUUUUUCUCCAUUCUCUCCCAAGGCCUGUUGUCCCUUGCUGGAAAAAUGGGAACGAGGACGGGAGCUGUGGGUCCUACCGCUAGGACGGCGUACCACGCGCCAGCCAUUUGGCUGGUGGACAACGCUCGUGGGUGGAGGUUGCUCUCAGCCGCCCUUUGAGGUGGGCUCGGGUUUUGCUGGCCCAAACGGGCAGAAGGAUCUCAGCGUGCCUCAUACCUAUCACCGAAAUGCGGCCUCCCCCCAGGAGGAGUUGUUGAAAGUGGCCAUCAGGCUAGAAGGAGCGCCGACCCCAAGAUAAGGACUUCCCGUUCUUGCACGGAAGGCACGGCCGCUGCGCCCAUGUGCCCCGGGCACGGAGAGCGGGCGGCCCCGGGGCUGCGCCGGGGCCGUUUCCCACGGCAUGCGACGGUGCCCGCGGUCAGCCAGCCCGCCGCGAGCCCCGCUCUCCCGCUCUCGCAAGGCGCUCAUCCCGCUGCUGGAAGCGGUCGCCCCCCGGCCGCUGGCUCGGAAGGAGGGAAGAGGGCUCUGGCGGCUCCCAGCGACCCUACGAGCACGCCAGCGCCGCUCAGCCGAGCUGCGGAGGGAACAGCACCGCUUUGGGGGACGGCCGGCGCCUCGGCCGGCGGGGAGAUGUCCCCCGCAAGCGGCUGGAGCCGCGGGGCUUCGGACGUCCCCGCCUUGAACCAUGCGGCGGGGAUGUUGCCUCUGCAUCCGUCCUCGGACACCGGUCCCCCCGCCAGCGGUGGCCCCUCUCCUCCAGCGAGUGGCUCGGUGGCGUGGGAGCAGCCGGCCAGUCCUAGCACCGGCAGCGCGGGCGUUUCGGCCACCACCUCGAGCAGCAGCGCGGGGACAGCGUCAUCUCUGCCCAGCAGCUCCAUCUCAAACUCGGGAGUGCCCAGCUUGCCAGAACAGCCCCAGUCCUCACCCAGUGCUCCCAGUGCCCAGACUGGUGCAAGCAGCUGCACGCCACACCCCAGGCACUUCACGGAGGACUCCACGAGCCCUUUGCUGACAGCGUCUCCUGCCUCAGAAACUGCUCUCAGAGCCACUGGGAGUAGCCAGCAACCAGUCAGUGACCAGGCAGCAGAAAACCGCACUUUGGAUUUCCAACUGGGAACGUCCAGCCCCGCGGCCCAGCCCCAGGACUCGUCCUUGUGGACACGGGGCGCCAGCAUCUCACCGGGAGCCACGUGGCUCACCGAGCCCUCUGUGGACCGAGCCACGGAGUCACCUCCUCCGCCGGCUCCGGGAAGCACUGGCCCAGCCAUUGGAAGCAGCUACCAGCCAUCCAACUUCUCAGCAGCAGAGGAGAGAAUUUCUGAUUUUCCUACCACCAGUACAUACAUUUCGACACCGUCCACCAGAGGUGGAGGAAGGACGUUAAGGUCACUACCAAGUGGCACCAGCCUGACUGAUGCAACAGAGAUUUCCACCUCUGGUACCAAAAUGAUCCGCCCUUUAGAUCAGACCCAGUCCUCUGGGACGUCUUUGGCAGCAGAGGCUGGUGGUGGCAUAGGUGCUACCGUGCCGUUCACGGACCCGUUGCUCAUGGACUCUGCAUUUGCUUCGGAAAGCACUUCCAAAACUUUUAGAAGCACUUAUGAACCACAGAGCAUCUCGGCUGCAGAAGACGGGACUUUGCACUCUGCAACCGACAGUGCUGCUGUGCCCCUGGUGCGCACCAGAGCUGCGGUGAAGGCGUCGGGGUCACCAGUCAACAGCAGCACCCCCAGAGCCACCUCCAGCACCGAUGCCACCAGCUUUUCAGGUGGAACCUCAUCCUCCACUGCAGCUCGGACACCCGGCGUGAGAGGCUCGCGGGAUGCCACGAGUGUCACAGCACCUUCCACAGACCCGGCACUUGCAGGCUCACGUUCUGCCUCAGGAAGCACUUUCACAGGUGUCAGAAGCAGCCACCAACCAACUAACAGCUCAGCUACAGAGAAAAGAGCUGCUGAUUCCUCUACCAACAAUGCAUACAUUUCAGCCACUGCUACCAGCACAGGAGGAGAGACACCGGGGUCCACAACAAAUAGCAGCAGAUGGGCAGCAGAAGUCUCUACUUCUGGCAGUGGCGUGUCCCGGGCCGUAGGUACGAGCCAGUCCUCAUCUGUAUCUUCCACAAGAGAGACCUACGGAGUUAAGGGGGGGAGAGCAAUCACAGAUGUCACUGAAUCUUUGGCAGACCCUUCGCUAACACGUUCUCACUCUCCUUCAGAAAUGCCUUCUGCAGCCACCAGAAGCAGCCAUGUGUCAUUUAGCAUCCUAUCAACAGAGAAAAGAACUGAUUUUCCUACCACCAGUACAUACAUUUCGACACCGUCCACCAGAGGUGGAGGAAGGACGUUAAGGUCACUACCAAGUGGCACCAGCCUGACCGAUGCAACAGAGAUUUCCACCUCUGGUACCAAAAUGAUCCGCCCUUUGGAUCGGACCCAGUCCUCUGGGACGUCUUUGGCAGCAGAGGCUGGUGGUGGCACAGGUACCACCGAGCCGUUCACGGACCCAUUGCUCACGGACUCUGCGUUUGCUUCAGAAAGCACUUCCUCAGCCAAAGGAACUAUCAUCUCGGCUACAGAAAAAAACAUGUCUGACCCUCCUCUCACCAGUGCGCCCAGCGUAGUGACGGCUACCAGAGGUGCGGAAAGGACUGUGGAGCCUGUAGCCAACAUCAGCACAGUGAUCAGUGCUGCAGAAAGCAGCACAUCCUUGGAUCCGAUCCAUCUGUCAUCUUCUGUAACGGAGGCUGGAAGGCAGCAUAAUGUUUCACAGAGGGAUGAUGAAUUCAGUGAGCUUUCAACGCAGCCGCUGCCUGCAUUUUCUUCCAGUGUUUUUUCAUCAAAUACUUCUGAGAGAGAAGAAAGGGUUUCCAGCGUUCCUACCAAGAGCACGUACAUCUCGACUGCCUUCUCCACGCAUGGAGAGGGGACCUCUCCGGCUCCAGCUGACCGCAGCACAGGGAGCGAAGUGACAGAAAGCUCCACUUCUAAUCCGGACGUGGCCGGGGAGUCACGCUCCAGGCCCUUCUCAUCAGCAACAGCGUGGUCUGGAGGAGGACCUGUCUCGUCGAGCGACGCAGGUUAUACGGAGUCCUCGGCCGAGGUCACGCUUUCAUCCCGGGCCUCCACCGACUUCUCUGCCCCGCGUGAACCUUCCACCGCUGGAAGUAGCCAUCCCUCACUGAGCAGCUCAAGUACAGAAAAAAGGAUUUCCAGCCCUUACACUGGUUCUAUAUACAGUUCAGCCACAGUAACUGGAGGUGGAGAGAGGACGUUGCGAUCUGUGACGAAUGGCACGCUGGCCCGAGGCACGGAGAGCUCCACGUCGCACACAGAAAUUGCUAAUUCCUCCGAAGCGAAUCGCUCGGUGCCCAUGGAGCAGAGCAGGACUCCUAAUAUCUCCGUGAGCAGCACGGGUUUCACUGGGUUUGCGACGGAGACGCUGUUUACACAUUCUUCUAAGAUACCGACUUACUCAUCUUUCCAAAAUGAUCUCUCAAGCUUUCCAAGUAGCCAUCAGCCAAUCAGUAGCGUUGAUGCUGAGAAAAGGACCUCUGUUUCUCACACAGAUGGCACAUACAUUUCAACCACAUACACCAGAGGUGGAGAAAGGACCCUCCUGUCUAUAUCAAAUAGUAGCACCUCUGCUGACUCCUCGGAAAGUUCCACUUUUUUUUCAGAAAUUUCCAGCCCUUCUGAUUCAUCUCAAUCUUCUUCUGUGACCCAGGACAGAAGCAGCAAUGUCUCCAGAGAGGGCAGUUUUACUGAACCAUCCACUGAGCCUUUGCUAGUGUAUUCUUCCAAACCAUUGACUUCUGCUUCCACAGGCAUUGUACAAAAUGCAACUGUCUUGGAUACUGACUCUGAGUUGUUGCCUACUGACAGAUCAUCUCUAUCUUCAUCAGCAUUUCCAUCCUCUUCUUCAGCGUUCUCACUGCAUUACUCCCUGUCAUCAACACCGUCACCAACUUACCUGUUUGCAUCAUCAGAGUCAUCUGAGCUACUGUCUUCCUCCAUGAUGGCAUCAUCGCCUCCUCUACAGGCUUCGUCAACUGCUGUGCCCACUUCCUCGUUGCUUUCCCCGUCUUAUUUGUUAACAUCUUUAUUACCUCUGUUUUCUUCACCAUCUUCUGUGUCGCAGCCCAAUGACAGCAGUCAAGCAAACACCUCUGUAGCUACCACCGAAGUCAGACAGGUGCCCUCUACAGCUGCCAUCACUGGGAGCUCAGCCAGAGAGACCAGCAAGCCUAGUGAAGUGCACCAGCCUCAAAACAGCACCAUCUUCAUCUCUGCAGGGUCUCCUCCCCUUCCCACAGAGCCCAUGGAGCAGCUCAGCAGCCGUGCCGUGUCCAUUUCUGUUCCUGCACAGGCAACUGAGAGCCCCUCGCCAACAGUUGCUUCAGCCAAGGAGGGCAGCUUUGGAAAGACAACGCCGUUGCUCACCACAGCUCGUGACACCCCACGUCCUGGGACGACCAAAGCACCCCACAGUGCCUUGUCAAGCACAACAAACCAAAGGGUUGUCCCUCCUGCAGUGGCAUUGACCACAGUGAAAACCCCUGUGCUGACGACACCUGAAGUUCACAGACCAACCCUGGCUUAUCCUAGCACUACGAAAGCCAACAGACCCCAAACGUCCACUGCCACUAAAACACUUUACGCCACUAGUGAAAGUGCAGAAGCCAUUAAUCAUAACACUGCAGACUCUGGUAAGGUCACAGAGGAAAACAUCCCAGUUACGAGUCCUUCUGAAGCACCUCCAACCACCAAGACCACUGUAAGCAUUACAACUACUUUGACUGCUGCUCCCAAACCAACAACUGUCACUCUGCUGAGUAGCACAGCAGGGCUGAGGAGGUCAUCACCUGUCACAGAUGUGGAUGAAUGUCUUUCCAAUCCUUGUCCUGCCUUGGCCACAUGCAACAACACCCAUGGCUCCUACAUCUGUCAGUGUCCUCUUGGGUAUGAGUUGGAAAAAGGAAAGUGCAAUUUAGUAAGAGUAUUUAUUGGCCAGGUUCCCCUGAAACCAAAUAUCACUCAUGGGAAGUAUGCAGAACUCCUCCACGUCGAGACGGAGAUCCUUGCGAUGCUGAACGCGUCGCUGGCCGGGUUGCCGGGGUACCACCGCUCGGUGGUGAAGGCCACCAGGGAGGCCAACGCUGUCCAUGUUUCGGUGCGAUCCACGUUCUCUUUGGCCUCCAACGUGACGUUCUACGAUGUUGUCAGCAGCGUGAAAAGCUACAUCAGAGCGUGCACGUCCUCCUCGGAGACCUGCCAGUUCAUCUCAAGCCUCAGACCGCUCCACAGAGUUGGCAGCUUGUGCAAACAGAAGGACCCCGAAUGCGACAAGGAAACAUCUGAAUGCACCGACUUCGAUGGCGUUGCCCUCUGCCAGUGCAAGAGUGGGUACUUCAAAUACAACAAGAUGGACCAUUCCUGCCGAGCCUGCGAUGAUGGAUUUAAGCUGGAAAAUCAGACCUGCGUGAGCUGCCCAUUUGGCUUAGGUGGAUUCAACUGUGGAAACCCAUAUCAGCUCAUCACUGUGGUGAUCGCAGCUGCAGGAGGGGGACUUCUGCUCAUCCUGGGCAUUGCGCUGAUAAUAACCUGCUGCCGGAAGAAUAAAAAUGACAUAAGUAAACUCAUUUUCAAGAGUGGGGAUUUCCAGAUGUCACCGUAUGCUGAGUAUCCGAAGAACCCCCGAGCACAGGAGUGGGGCAGAGAGACCAUUGAGAUGCAGGAGAACGGAAGCACUAAGAACCUGUUGCAGAUGACAGAUGUAUAUUAUUCGCCAACUGGACUGAGAAAUCCUGAACUGGAAAGAAACGGACUUUAUCCUCCCUACACUGGUUUGCCUGGAUCUCGACAUUCAUGCAUCUACCCUGGACAGUACAAUCCAUCCUUCAUUAGUGACGAAACCAGAAGAAGAGACUACUUUUAGCAGAGCAUAGAGGGAUUGGAAGAUUGACACAGUCCUGCGGCCCUUGAGCACCAGGAGCCCUCUGUCUCCUGGCACAUCAGUCUUGCUCUUCCCAUUUAACAGCAGGAGGGACUUUGAACUCAAUUUGUGGUGUUGCUGCCCUGAGAAACUGUUCCGCUUGCUGAGCAGCCCAGAGAAGAUGGAGGCGGGAACGACUCAAGGUGCGGACCAGUGAAAGACCCAGGUGGAAGCUAACGCGCGCGCCCCGUUUCUGCGCCGUGCUGCUGCUUCGCUCCACGCUGCGGGGCGAGCGUAGAUCAGCGCAGGUAGACAAGCUGUGCCCGGCACUCUGAAUUGAAUACCCCGAGGGAGUGUUUUGUUUACAGAUCUUGUUCACUGUCAGGCUGAGCUUAUCUUCUUAGUCAGCCGUUGUGCAAAGAAUUACCGUGUGACUGGUUUUGGUAGCAGAAGUAUGUCAGCUCCCUUUUCUCCUGCCACGUUGCCUUCUGCUUCCUGCAUGAGAGGGAAGCUGGCUUGUCCUCUAGCCCUUGCUGGUAGAAGUUCUCCAGAAGACUCGGUCCUUACUAAAGCCUGGCAGCGUUGGCUGAAUUUGUGGGUCGAUUGUCUCCGAGGAGUAUGGAAAAGUUAAGUCAUACCACUGUGAUGCAAACUGACAGAGAAAUGCAGCUGAUCUGAUGCACCACCCCUGUAUGUAGGGAAAAGUCUUGGUGUGUCAUCGUUCUGUCAGCCAGCAUUGUUCAAAAGCGAUGCCUCUAUGGGUCAUCGGAGUACUUCCGUGUAGGAUUUUACAGGGCUCUGCUUCCUUGCAGGGUUUUAUGUGACUGUAAAAACAGCAAUAUAACUUAAAAUAGUUGCUAACAGGAAAAUUUACUACAAAGAUGAAAAAUACGAAUUGGGAACUCACUAGGCUCCUUACAUGCAAUUUGAAGAGGAGUGAUAAGAGUUUAGCCCUGGUUGGGCAGGUAGAACACGAAUGCCAGACACUGCAAAUGGGACACAGCUUUCAAGCCUUCACAGCCCACCUUGACUUCAGUAGAAGCCGUGGAGGAGGACUCCGUACAUUGGAAAAGGCGGCUUGCUGCAGUCAGUUGCAUUUGACAGGAGAAAAACAGGAUGCUUUGAAUCCUCGCAGAGAAAAAAAGAUCACACGUUUCAAAUUGUUUUGCCUUCAUCCAUCCUAGUUUCGAGUUACUCAGACCAGGCAGGUUUCCUGACAUAGGUGUGUUCAUUUACAUUAUUCACCUUGGCAUAAGCUGCAGAAUAUAAGCCAGCGUAUUCCUCACCAAAGAGCAGAUCAAAAGCUUAUUGACUUUAUUCCUCCUAAGGGUUGUUGAUAGAGAUCUUUAUUAUGAAGUUAUUUUUACAGCUUAUCUUCACUGCAAAGACAAACUGAGUCAUCCAAGGCCUGUCCUGAUGCACUAAUCCUUACCUUGAAAACACUGGCUUUUUUUUCAAGCUGAUUGCUUGUGUGAGGGCAGCAAAGAAUAGCGAAAUUCCUUAGCUAUUAACCUAGCAUCUCAGUAGUGUGUACAUAAUCUAGCUUCUCUAAAAAGCAUAUACUUCCCAGUACUCCCAGCUCCCCCCUCAGUGCUCAGAGAUACAGUGCCUACAAGCAAAUUCAUAAGGGAGGUCAGCUCACUGGGGACCAAGGGACAUGCCCCACAAAGUGCCUGCCACCAAGUGACAGCAGCGAGUCCAAUGCUGACGUGCUGCGCAGCUGCUCCUCUGCAGCAAAGCUGCAGUGAGGGGGCACCCUCGCUCGAGGAGCAGUCACAGUACUCAUGUCCUGCAGGCGCUGGGAGCCUCCAGAUCCUGUCCCAGCACUCCAAAGGCUGUUGUGUUCUCUACCCGAAGUGAGAACGACUACCCAGGGGAAGACAAGUGAGUACAAGGCAUUCAUCAGCUGCAUGGGCUAAGGGGGUUCUGGUCCCUGCUCCCACCUGCUUCUGGGUUCUCCAGAUUGCAAGGUGGCAAGAGCACUGCAAACGUGCUUGGGAGGACAGUUUAGUGCACCAUCUGUAGUGUGCACACGCAGAGUCACUUCAAGCCUUGCCCUUUACAUGCUACGUGGAAACGGCUGUGUGGUCUUGCAGAGAAACGGCUCUUUAUGGGUGCCCAGGGCCAGUGUGCUUCACUGCGAUGUGAUUUUAUGAUGAUGAUGCAGCCAACUUCGCAUCUGCCUGAUCCACAGUCGGACUCACAGGUGGUAGCACAUGGCUUAUCUUAGAUUGAGGGGGAAAGUGAUAAGCUUCUCAUGGAAAGUACAGCUGCCUAAAGGGCUAGAUUUAAAGGAAAACUCUAGUUACAGUAUGCAAAAUAGCUUAACAGGUAAAGCACAAAAACUAACUGCCCUCUGCCACUCUAAUCAGUGUUUCCAACCAGUAAAUGAUGUUCUUCUCUGAUUCAUUAGUAGCCGAUACCCUAAUUACACAAGGUGCAUUGGAUGAUGUGAACUAAGGGUUUGGCCCUGCUGUGCUCUGGGCCAGGUAGAUCCCCGUGAGGACGUUGGUGAGGUUCACAGUCUCUCUGAGGGUGAGUUGCCUCUUCUGCAUAGCACCAGCUCAGUUUUUGAUGCAUGCCUGGGUUGGAAAGGGCCACCUUUCCCAUGGCACCAAGGAGGGUUUUGUCUCCCCUAUAAAUGAAAAUAGGGAAGCUGGGUCUUGCUGCUGACUCUAAAACCAAAGCACUUAGACAAGCACUGGGAUUUGUCUAAAAAUAUUUAGAGCAGCUUAGCAAAAAGUGAACAUGUCCCAGCAAUGACAGUAGGAUUUAACCGUGUGCCGACAUUUCAUCGGAUAGUGAGAUAUUUAGGCACAUGCUUAUAGGCAGAUGUGUUUAAUUGCUUGGUGAUUUCAAAGACCACGUAUUGUGAAAUGAGUCUGCAUGUGCCAAGUGGCUAGUGCAGAGGACAAAGGUUGAACUAUCAACUCAAUAUUGCAGAUCAGUCCUUCUAUAUAAAAAGAGUAGCAUUUGGGUUGUAAAGAGCAGCAUUUGGGUUGUAUUGUGAACUCCUGGCCUGUAUGUCUCGCAGCAAACUGCAAGGACUUUGAGUAGGAAACGUGAUAGAACUAUUUUCUAAUUCAGAUUGCACAGAAGUCUGCAAGUAGUUCAUUUUCAUUUCUUAAUAACAGGAGCCUAAAUAACCUUACUUCUUCUUAAUGCUGUAACUGGAGUGAAAGGAUCUCAAUAAACCCAGCAGGAUUUUUUGAGUGAGGACUGCAAAAGUUUUCCAAAAGAGAUACCUGAGCUUUAUUACAUGGAAAUUUUAUAGCUGUCAGAGGAGGUAAACAUUGGAAAAUCUACUGUGUGAGUUUGUCCUUUGCAACCUCACCUUCUUUUCAGUUUUGGUAACAAAAACUAAGUCAUGGAGCAAAUGUGUGGUCUGCAGGGAGGAGGAAAGGAGUCUCUCCUGACCUGGUAGCACCUUCUCUGGGUGCCCUAGGCGUCUCGCUUUCAGCUGGAAGGAGAGGGUUUAAGGAGCAGUCAGCACCGGGGCUGGUAGGGGUGCUUUCCCGCGCAGCGAGGUCCAGGAAGUCUUUGCAGAGCCGGCGCUAUGCCAUGAGAAGCAGCCGCUCCCCGCGCAGCAAUGCUCCGGCCUCACUGCAACGCCGCUGGCGCUCGGCUCCGCCGCUGCCCCAGCCCGGGGCAUUUUCCUACAGUUUGUGGCCGUUCCUUUUCCGCGAUUAGUUAAUACUGCGGCUUACCGCCAAGGGGACUCUCCCAGCCACGGCAGGGCUCUGACCUGUUUCUGUGCAGCUUGCAGCUAGUGAAACUGUCACCAGGAUCCUGUUCUGUCUGCUUCUGCCCGGGACGGCCGUGUCUAGGUGCCACCACCGUCAGCCGAAGCACCUCUGGCAGUGGCGUGGGGUUGUCACUCCCGUCCUGGGGGAAGGGUCUCGUGCCCUAUCUCUCCCCCAGUCCCCACUCUCAAGCACAGGUACCUCUGUGCUAAGUACUUUACUCCUUCGGACAUCUAUAUAAACGUAGCCUCAUUUCUCAGAGGAUUUAGGUUAAUUUUAGCUAGCCCAAAAUGCAGAUUUUGACCGUACUGGAUCGUAGAAUCAUAGAAUCAGUAAGGUUGGAAGGGACCUCUGCUUCUCUGUUAUCCACAGGGAUAUAUCCCUUAUGCGAGAGGAUGAGGUAGAAAAUGUGUGUUUCUUGCUAGGAGGCUGCAAGGGCUCGCCAGAUGGGGAGAAAGGAAGAAAAACCACACGAACACCCAGCAGAAGGGCAUUCCUGCUCCUGGCUGGUGUGUAAAGCUAGGGAAGCAGUCGGCCAGGGCCCUCGGGCGGCUGCGUGGGAGUCUUUCCGACUGACUUUGGAAGAAAUGCGAAUGGCUGCGCAGGAGAAGGCGUAGGGCCCUGGCGUAGGGCUCCGCCGGCUGCGUUGGCAAAAGCCCCUCGCCCGCAGCAGGGCCCGCGGCAGCCAGCCCGGGAGAGGCGGGCAGAGCGGCCGGCGCGGCUGGGCGCGGGCUCGGGGCAUCGUUCAAAGGCAGGUUAGCGCGAGCGGCCGUCCCGCGGUCCCCCUCCCGCGCCGCGCUGGGAAAAACCGCCGCGCUGUCGCACGCCGGUGAAAAAUCAAAGCGCUGCGCUUGUUUACGUCAGGAAUGCGCGAGGUGGGGGCGUUUUGACGCCCUUUUCCCUGCGCGUUUAAAGCGUGAAAUAACAUGGCAGCAAGAAGUCCCGUCCCUGGCACCGCAGUGAGGCUCUCCCUGUGGCCAGCCCUCUACAAGUGAUUUGCAAUAGGAAAAAGCUUUUAGAAAAUAGCAAUAAAUUGCAUUUAGUGAGAAAUGUUUGUCACUGUGAAACUAUUUGUCCCAGUCAUUGUAAAGCCUGUCCUCUAGGGGCCUUAUAGACCAGUAAAGUGGGUCUGGACAUCGCUGUAGACGCGUGAAGUACUUCCCCAGGACUCUUCUCUAAUUCUUGCCAAUGGCAGUAUCUGUGCCAGAUCCAUCUGGACUUCUCAUUCCUUCAUAUCAAUGUCUAAUCUUCAGUUUUCUUCCUUAAAUUAAACAAGAACGGAUGCAUUUUACUUAAAUGUUCUUCCUAUGCUGGCUAUUGUUUUUUCCUCUUUACACACAAAGAACCUAAUCCAGCAUCCGUUAUACUGUCCGGGAUAACUUUCCCAGGGAUUGUAAUGGAGUUUUUCCGAGGCCUGAAUUGUUCAUUUCAAGGUGACUUGGGUGUACAACAUGCAUUCCUUUGGCUUUCCAUCCUGCCCCUUUCUGUGGGGGUGUUACUGCCUUUAAACGUUGUAUUUGUUUUUUGGAAGCGUAACUUUUGCUGCAGGAAAACCUACCUUAAGUGAGAUUGAACAAACAGGUUCUUGUUCAAGAUCUGAAACACUUCGCCAAGAAGAGAGCAGAUGGGAAUUUUGUAAAAUUGUUUUGGAGGCAUAAUCCUUUAUUGAUCAAGCGACCUGCUUCCUAUAGUGUAAGAUCCUCUAGGGAAAUAGAGGAGCUUUCGGUAUUCAGAGAAAUACUCUGAGGAGAGUUUUCUGAAUGCAGGAGCUACUGAUUCCCGCUUGCCUGCGCCCUUGGUGAUGGACCAGGAUCUCUCAGCGUGGAAGGGGUACGUGCUGUGUGCCUGUAGGAUUUUGGGAGCCUUGCAGUAUGUGUUUAAUUCUUCAUUCCCUUGAAUUGUUGAAGCUGAAAAGCAGGAUGGAAAUCCAUUAAGGGUAAAAGGGAGGAAAAAAUGUUUUGCAGAACCAAAUGUCUAAAGUCAGUGUAAUACUGUGACUUCUGUACUGUAGGAUCAUGUGUGGAUGAGACCUGUUCUUUGCACAGUUUGCGUUACGUGUGAGUAAUACCCUAGUACCUAGAGAGGGUGCCCUAAUGGUCCUCAAAGGAAUAUGUAAGUGCUAAGUCCCUCAAUCUCUUUCUAGUAAAAUGCUUCCUGAAAGGGAAGGGAGUCUUGAAGGAGUAAUUACUGCCUCAAGUGGCCUGCAAAUCUGCAAUCUGCUAUGCCCUGAUACAGAAAGGUCCUGUGGAAUACAGCAAAAAGUGUCAUUUUUCUUGGACAGUGCCACAGAAAUUGCCUGAUACAAAAUGCUUGUUUUAAAAUCUUUAUUUUAAAGGGAAAAAUACAGAAUAAAUACUCAAUUGUUACCUUUUCUAAGGAAAUUCGGUUAAACCCAAUCAUUUGUUUGUUUUAAACAAACAAAAUAAAAAUCUGUUUUAAGCCCUGUUGAAAUUCUACAGAGCUUUUUCAUAACAGAAAGCAAAAUUUUGUGUGUAAAAUCAUAAUGGUUUCCUUGAGCAACUUUCAGCAUUGCAAAGCUCACUUUUAGUGAAGUCUAUUUCAAAAGGUAAAGUUUCAGCAUUUGUUUGUAUUUCUGUUUUUAACCUGAACGUGGACCUACUUUAUGUUCUUGACGUUGUCCAGGUUUCCCUUCCCAUAUCUCUGAUGUUAGCUUCCAAGUUGCUGGGUUUUUAAGGACUUGUUCCAAACCAGUAUUAUUUAAAGUUGUAUCAUAUUUUCAUUCUCCGCUAAUUACACAGUACUGUAGUAGAAAAAUAUAAUUUUUAAGGAUUGGAUUAUUUUUAUACCUGCAUCCAAUAUGAUGAUUAAAUCUGGCGUUCUAGUCAGUGUUAUAAAAGAAUACAAUAAAACUAUGAAUAUUA